AUGGAAUACAGUGAUUUUGUCCAAGACCUUCCAAAGGUAUUUUCUCCGGUCUCGCUGAGGAUCACCCCGGAGAACGAAUACACCAAAGAAUUCGAGCAGCGGAUGGAGGCAUUAGUCAUAAAUUACGACGUUACUGGCGUCGAAUUUCCCAAUCAGCAUCCUCCGAUGGACAGCAGUAAUGAAACGAAACGCAGCGUCAUUAACCACGCCUCGACCAUGAUAAGCCCCGUCGAGAUAUCCGCCAGUUUGUGCUGCAUUCCGCUGGAUCCGGUGACAGAGCUGAUGUACGGUGAAACUCCAAGAAAAAAGAAAGCCAUAAGCGUUGAUCAAGAGUCUCAGUGUUCCUUCGAGUCCAGUGAAGGUAUCUCCAUGCGCUACGAUUCUUGCAGUUCAAACGAUGAAAGCAAGGAGUGGGGUCAUUGGGCCGAUUCUCUGUCCGGUUUGCAGAUCAACUACUCUUCCCCGAAGGAAACAAACGAACACAAGCAAAACCUCGACGAAUCUCUAACACAUGAAGCUAUCGUAGAAGGUACAGAUAUCAUAACAAUGUUUCCUAGUAAUAUGUAUUCUGUUCUACGUGAGCUAAAGGCCUAA